AUGUCUCACGGCUAUCAUCUUUACAGCCGCCGUCCAGCCUCGUUCUCACCGUGUACCAUCCAAGUCUUCAUCACCAUCUCGACCUCCGAUCUAGACAGAGACUUUCAAUGGACGCUCUCCGCAUACAACACUAUUACUCAUCUCUGGCAAAACUUCGAAGUUAUUCGAGCUCACCGCGGUAACUUUUGCAGGAUAUAUCGGCAUUCAAAUAACCCGCGUAUUCUUCCAUCCCAUGUCGCUUGGGGAAAACUUUGUACAGUAAACGUAGAGUGGUUUGAGAGUCUUGUGAAUAUGACUUGUAUCUCGCCGUUCUGGAGCCUGGCAGAGGGUGAGAUGCGUAACGACAGUAAGGAUUUCAUCUAUGGAAUUUUGGAUAUCCUGAAGGCACAUGGUGUUAUUGACGAGAAGAGGAUCAUCGGAGUGAAGAGGAAGCUUGGUCGAUAUAUCGGGCCUUUUGGUGCUUGA